CGGCCGGUGCACACGUUCCGUUAGCUUCUCUAUUUUAAAAACCACUUGCUUAACGAUAUCCGGGAAGGGAGCGACCGCAUCGCUGCCGUCCGCACCACUGUCACUCAUUUUGGAUGCAGUCGACCUGCGUACGCGUCGAUGGUCGCUACGCGCGCGCUCGCGGCCUCUCUAUGCACCCCACACUUUUUUAUAGUUGAAAGAUUUUAAUGCGCGUUAACUAAAUCAACAAAUGAACUGAUGAUAACCAAGUGCCUUUUGUGUAUGUGAAGGAUGGAUGUUACGAAGAGGUGAUAUUUGUAGUGCCUGUUAAAUUUAUUAAAUUAGGUAUCAUGAGUGGGAGGGAAGGCGGAAAUGCAGUUCCCUCUGCGAGUGCGGGUAGUUCUAGUGGCAGCGGGGUGGUGGGGGUGACGCGACGCGGGCGCUGCAAGUGGUUCAACGUCGCCAAGGGCUGGGGGUUCAUUACCCCUGAAGAUGGUGGCCAGGACGUUUUUGUUCAUCAGAGUGUGAUUAAAAUGAGCGGUUUUCGAUCAUUGGGAGACGAAGAACUGGUGGAGUUCGAAUGUAAGGAGUCCGACAAGGGGCUGGAGGCAACUCGGGUGUCGGGGCCCUCUGCCACCGACUGCCAGGGAUCCAACCGUCGUCCGCUCUCCAAGAAACGCUUCAGGAAAAUACGAUGCUAUAAUUGCGGUGAGUUUGCCAACCAUAUAGCUGCAAAGUGCAACAUCGAACCUCAACCAAAGAGAUGUCAUAACUGCAAGAGUGAAGACCAUCUGAUUGCCGACUGCCCUGUAAAGAAGAAAAGCGAUCCUCAAUCAAGCAACUCACAAGGAAGCCAGCAAGGCAGUCAGCAAGGCAGCCAGCAAGGCAGCCAGCAAGGCAGUCAGCAAGGCAGCCAGCAAGGCAGUCAGCAAAGCAGCCCUGAACAACCGUAACUGUACCACCAAAUUAAAAAACUUUAUUGCAGCAAAAUGAUUGACAUAGGUAUAUCCUGCGACAUUAUUCGUUCAUACAUCCUCAUGUUAAGCAUCAUUUUCUUUAAGUUUCGGUUCAUCAACUUUAGGAUCAAUCCAUGAGACUUAAACUUUCAUUCCAAAACCAAAAUUUUCGUUAACUGUAAUAACAAACAACUUUAGCGUUUGCUUAAUUUAAAGCUAAAAUCAAACAUUAAAUAUGAAAGUUAUCGCCAUAACUACCUCAUUUACCAAGAAGUACAAUUAAACAAGACUGAAUAAUCCACUUAUUAUUUAAAACAAAACUAUAAGUACAUACUUUAUCUGUAUAAUUAACUUUGCAUUUAAGUUCGAAAAGGUAACAUAAGUACAAAUUUUAUGUGUUCGAGUGUUAAUCUUAUCUUAAAUUUACCGUAUAUUAUUGUAUUUACCCAAAGUUAAGUGUGUGUUUAUAUGAUUAUGAAUUAUUUUGAAAAUUGUUGGUAUUUUAUUAUGACAGAUUUUGUUAAAUUAAGCAUUAUGUACCCAUAUUAAAAUAAGUAUUACAGUGGCUAUGUACUAAUUUUAAAGAUUGGUUUUAUAAAUAGUAGUAAAAUUACUUGCACAAAAAAAUAAUAAAAAAAUUAAAUUAAAAGGCCCCUGACAAAUUAUAAUGAGAAACAAAGAAUCUGAUUUAAGUCACAAACAACUUUAUUUUAAAGCCAUUUUAUGUAUGCGCUUUUAGUAAAGUUUGCAGGCAUAUCUAUAAAAUUAUUCACAAUCUGUAAUCAAUUGGCUUCAACAAUAAAGAUUUACUGAAUAUUAUUGUGGAGCAGAGGUGACGAUCUUGCCUAUAAACCUUCAUUUGCCUGGCAAAUAAUAAAUUCUUGUUUUGGUUGGUUUUCUUCUUGGAGGUUCAUUAUUAUAUAUAUUUCUUAUGUAGUAUUGUUGAGUUUGUUUACCAAAACACAAGGAAACUUGCUGUGGAGCUGACUCAUCGUUUAUUUACUUAUAAUUUUUUACUAUAAUUUAUAAUUUAAUUUAUAUUAUUUUUCCAUUUCAUUAUUUCUCUACUUACCACAUAAAUUACAGACAAGUGAUGGCGAAAUAUCAAUAUAUCAUAUCAGAAUAAUUAAUUCAAUCUACGAAGAUCUGAAUAUGGGGUAAAUUUUGUAAGACUAUCACGAUUGCCACUAAAAUAUACCUAAUUAAGAAUAUACUGGAAAUAGAUAUUUACGAACUGUUGAUUUUAAUGGAAUGGUGUUGACCGAAGUGUAUUUAAAAAUAAAGGAAAGUUCAUGUCGUGCCAAAGCCAAAUAUUUUUUGUUGCAAUAUGCAUAAAUAACUAAUGUAGCGUUGUGUUCGGUAUAAUUUUAAUGUUUUUUUUUAAGAAAUUUUACUCUUUGUCUUAAGUUAUUAUUGAUAUAUUAAUCUGGAGCGCAUAGUACAAAUAUACUUUAGUAAGCUGAUGCCAAGUAAAAACGUAAUUUAUGUUUGCUCAAAAGCCUAUUAAUAAGAUUGAAGUUUUAUAAUUACGUAGGUACUUAAUUUGACCACCAUUAUCUAAUGUUUUCAUGCCAUGUGGGUACUAUUACAAAUUUGACUAUUUUUAGUAUAAGAGUUUCGUUUAUAUGUAAAGAUGGUUGUAAAACUGGUUUACCAUCUUAAUGAAAAAUAAAUUACAUUUAGUUUUUCUGAAUUGUUAUAGGUAUAUAUCGAACUUAUUUCACAUUUAAAAAACAGGCAGAUCAAACACCAUUCAAAUAUUAAUUCACUCACAGCUACAUAUUUUAUGUUUUGGCGACUGAUUAAUAUUUAAGUUACUUAAUAAUUUAUGAGGUCAUGAAAAUGUUCACAAUACAUGAAGUAAACCAGUUGAAAUCAUAAAUAACAUUAAAUAAAAUUAUAACUUUUUAAUUCAGGCAUAAUAUUUAUUUUGAAUAUUUCACUCAGUUUACACAAAAAAUAUUAUUUUGAUGAUAGGUAUUAUUAUCUUACGGGUUUCUUGUAUUGUCUAUUAGUAUGUAAGCCACUAGUUAUAAAAUAAUUAAUUGUAAGUAAGAUUUUAAUGAAAGACUAUUUGGAAACAUCUACCUCAUAAUUUAAUUUCGUUAAAUAGAGUUUAUUGAUAAGUUAAUUAACAUUUUACAAAGCAUUUAUAUUUCUUGAACUAUCUUUUGCUUAAAGCCGAAUUCUUAAGGAAUG